AUGACAAAGAAGAUCAUUACAAUUGUGGGCGUGACAGGCACCCAAGGCUCCUCCGUCGCUGAUGUCUUCCUGAAAGAGGAGGGGUGGCAUGUCCGUGGCAUCACUCGCGAUCCAAGCAAGCCGUCAAGCCAGGUCUGGGCAGACAAGGGCGUUGAGCUUGUCAAAGCCGAUAUUAAUGAUUUUGCCACGUUGAAGCCAGCCUUUGCUGGAUCAAACGUGAUUUUCGGAGUCACUGAUUUCUGGGGAGUCGCGUAUGACCCAAAUACAAAAGCCCUGGCAACAUCAACCUCCCGUACCGAAACCGAGGUCGCCUACGAGGCUGAGAAGCAGCAGGGUCGCAACAUUGCAGACGCGGCAUAUGAUACAAUUGAAACAUUGGAUCGACUUGUCUUCUCAACUCUCUCGCAUACCCGAAAAUGGAGUAAUGGCAAGUAUACUCACAAUCUCCAUUUCGACGCCAAGUGGGAGGGCGUGGAAUACCUCAAGUCAACUUAUCCGACACUUGACAAGAAGACCUCAUAUUUGCAGGUUGGUCUAUAUGUGACAAACUGGAAGCAGGGGCUGAAUUUUGCCCGGCCGAGCAAGCAACCUGACGGUACUUUUCAAAUGGGUCUUCCCAUGGAUGGUGACGCUCUGGUCCCACUGGUCGAUGCGCGACAGGACACAGGUAUGCAUUCAAUUAAGUGCUCUAUUGAAGACUUGGAGCCGCUAACAUCCUAUGUGCAAGGCACAUUUACCAAGGCUCUCGUUCAGGCCGGACCGGGCAAGACUCUUCUCGGCUUCGGCAGCUUGAUUAGCUGGAACGAAUUUGCAGCUCUGUGGGGAAAGACUUACGAGGCGACGUGUCGCUACAAGCGCAUUGACCGUAAAGUCCUCGAAACUGCUGUUCCUGGCUGCAUCGGCGAGGAAUUAGCAGAUAUGUUCGAGUACAUUGGGGAGUUUGGAUAUGAUGGCCGCGAUCCAAGCGUUGUUUACCCAGACAAUCUCGGUGUGCAUGUUCCAGUAUACACUAUGGGGGAGUAUAUCAAGGACGAAGAGUGGCCCGAGGUUUGA